UGUAGACCAGGCCAGAGUAGCAGAGGGCAGAAUAGAAACCCUUCCUAAUUCCACUUUAUAUUUGUUUAAAUACUUAUACUUAGAGGGAAAACUGUCAACCAAAUCAAAGUAAAGGACCAAAGAAAAAUAAUGUAUGCUUUUGUGAGGUUCUUGGAAGACGAUAUGUGCUACGCUUUACCUGCUUCAAAUGUGAAAGAUUUUAGACCUCUGCACAAAACAGAUUUUGAUAAUCAGGUGUAUCUGGUUCUCAGAACAGAAGAGAAUGGUGCAGGCCAGCCGGGAAAAGCACAGAUUCUUGCCCUUGCAGAUAACAUUGAUGAGUUUGAACACAAUAUAAUGCAAAAGAAGAUGAAAAUUCCUAAGAUGUCGACAAGGAAUAUGGGAAAUUCAGUUGAGAACAACUUUGGGGAGGAACGACUGCCAUUGAGACAUAAAAAGGCCCAGACACAGGACCAAGGGCGUCCCACAGCCAACUCCUCCAAGAGCCUGGCAGCGGUGGUGGCCCGCCUGGAGAGGAACGCUGUGAGUUCCUGCAUAGAGGGAGAGGAUGACCUGGAGGAGGACAGGCUGGCUGAGUUGGAGGGGGACUCUGGGCCUGAGAAGGCAGUGGUACCGCAGGUUCUGUAUGAGGAGCUGGUCCACAGCUACAGGCAGCAGGAGGAGGAGGUGAGGAGGCUACAGCAGGAGCUGGAGAGAACCCGCAGGCAGCUGGUCCAGCAGGCCAAGAAGCUGAAGGAGUAUGGCAGCCUGCUGACAGAGGUGAAGGAGCUGCGUGACUUCAACAGGAGGCUGCAGGACGUGCUCCUCAUGAGGCUCGGCAGCGGUGAGAGACACACACUCUCCAGUCACCUCUCACUGCAGCCUGCCUUGCACAUCUGUUCAGAGCCUAUGCAUGACAAUGGCACUCAGACAAUCAAAGCGGAGGUGGUGGAGCCCGUCAUUGAGCCACAGGAAGUGUGCAGAGAAGAGGCCAAUACCAGCUCCAGCCACUCCCCCUCCCCAAGAACAGUCUACACUUGUAAUGAUGGUAAGGUGCACCUGGGUGGGGGCAUCUGGGUGCAGGAAGAGAAGUGGCACCAGCUCCAGCGGACACAGGGAGACUCCAAGUUCACCAAGAACCUGGCCGUCAUGAUCUGGGGCACUGAGACCCUCAAGAACAGGAGUGUCACUGGCGUGGCCACCAAAAAGAAGAAAGAUGCCCUUCCCAAGCCCCCCCUCUCCCCGAGCAAGCUGAAAAUAGUCAGAGAGUGUCUGUAUGACAGAGUGUCUCAAGAAACAGCAGACAGCGCAGAGAUCACACAAAGAUUGUCCAAAGUGAACAAAUACAUUUGUGAAAAAAUUAUGGAUAUCAACAAAUCCAUCAAGAACGAGGAGAGGCGGGAAUCGAAGCUGCUCAUUAGACAAACUCUCAAGAAGGAGAAUUUUACCUAUGAUGGCAUGUAGUGUCGUAAAGUUGUCGCCAUACUGUAGCUCUCAUUUUCUGGUGGGUAGGAUCAUGUGUGCCAGCACUAAAGGUUUUCAGUGAGGGCCCAAGGCCCUAAACAAUCCAUCAGCUGUAAGACAGCUUUACCUGCCAGUCAAUGCCACGAGUGGUUGAGCGCUUUGGUAUGAGUCAUAUGAACUGGUGUGAGUAUUUUUUACAAGCUUUAAGUAGGACUUUCUUGAACUGCACUGUUGGUUAAGGGCUUGUAAGUAGGCAUUUCACGGUAAGGUCUACAUGUUGUAUGUGGCGCAUGUGACAGUUUGAUUUGGCUGGGUGGACCUGGGUUUUAGAGAUGUUUUUGUGUGGAGAGAUUCUUAUAGCAAUCUGCUUGUUAGAGAAUGCAGUCGCGCUCAAACCAAAUGUUCUGUGUCAGAACAUGACAUUGAGUCCUAACAUUCGCAGUGAUAUACCUUGAAAAAUAAGUAUUCUGUUUGUAAGAAGAUAUUUUGGAAUAAUCAUGUUCGUGUGUGUGGUGGAAAGGUUAGCCAUGAUGAAGGCCUUAGUGUUGAGGUCUCUGUGUGUGCUAUUGGUACUUAAUGUGUUGUGGUAAGGAUGUAAAGAUGCACUUUUACAACAAGGUCUUAAUUGAUCGAGGCCACAUUGCACAGAUAUUCUGUUGCCCUAGAGAUUAUUGCUGUGUAUCUUCCAUGGAAAUAUGGAUUUCCAUAGUAUAGAGCACCAAUGAACAUUAAGAGUUUGGUUCAGAGGUUUAUCAUUGUUUCAGUGCGGUGCUUGUCCACAUCAGACUGGCAACGGUCUUGAGAAGAUACAGUAUGUUAUUUUCUGGAUACUUGGUUUACAGUAUUUAUCUAUCCUACUUGAGCGAUCCAACUUAAGAUUUGAUUUUACAUACAGUUGAAGUCGGACGUUUACAUACACCUUAGCCAAAUACAUUUAAACUCAGAUUUUCACAAUUCCUGACAUUUAAUCCCAGUAAAAAUUCCCUGUCUUAGGUCAGUUAGGAUCACCACUUUAUUUUAAGAAUGUGAUAUGUCAGAAUAAUAGUAGAGAAUUAUUUAUUUCAGCUUUUAUUUCUUUCAUCACAUUCCAAGUGGGUCAGAAGUUUACAUAUACUCAAUUAUGUAUUUGGUAGAAUUGCCUUUAAAUUGUUUAACUUGCGUCAAACGUUUCGGGUAGCCUUCCACAAGCUUCUCACAAUAAGUUGGGGGAAGUUUGGCCCGUUCCUCCUGACAGAGCUGGUGUAACUGAGUCAGGUUUGUAGGCCUCCUUGCUCGCCCACGCUUUUUCAGUUCUGCCCACAAAUUUUCUAUGGGAUUGGGGUCAGGGCUUGUGAUGGCCACUCCAAUACCUUGACUUUGUUGUUCUUAAGCCGUUUUGCCACAACUGGGGUGGCAGGUAGCCUAGUGGUUAGAGCGUUGGACUAGUAACCGAAAGGUUGCAAGAUCGAAUCCCCGAGCUGACAAGGUUCUGCCCCUGAACAAGGCAGUUAACCCACUGUUCCUAGGCUGUCAUUUGAAAAUAAGAAAUUGUUCUUCACCUCUCUGGUACCAGUGGGACGCCUCGACAACAGCCAGUGAAAUUGCAGGGUGCCAAAUUCAAAACAACAGAAAUCCCAUAAUUAAAAUUCCUCAAAUAUACAAGUAUUAUACACCAUUUUAAAGAUACACUUCUUGUAAAUCCCCCCACAGUGUCUGAUUUCAAAAAGGCUUUACUGCUGAAGCACAGCAUGUGAUUAUGUUAGGUCAGCACCUAGUCACAGAAAACCAUACAGCAAUUUUUCCAGCCAAAGAGGGGAGUCACAAGAAAUAGAGAUAAAAUUAAUCACUAACCUUUGAUGGCACUCAUAGGACUUCAUGUUACACAAUACAUGUAUGUUUUGUUCGAUAAAGUUCAUAUUUAUAUCCAAAAAUCUCAGUUUACAUUGGCGCGUUAUGGUCAGAAAUGCAUUGUCUCAAACAAACAUCCGGUGAAAGUGCAGAGAGCCACAUCAAAUUACAGAAAUACUCAUCAUAAACAUUGAUAAACGAUACAAGUGUUAAACAUACGAAUAAAGGUAAACUUGUCCUUAAUGCAACCGCUGUGUCAGAUUUCAAAAAGGCUUUACGGAGAAAGCACACUUUGCCAUUAUGUUAGGUCAGCACCUAGCCACAGAAACCCAUACAGCCAUUUUCCAGCCAAGGAGAGUGUCACAAAAGUCAGAAAUAACAUUCAAAUUAAUCACUUACCUUUGAUCUUAAUCUUGUGGCACUCCCAGGUCUCCAUGUUAGACAAAUGUUUGAUAAUGUCCCUCUUUAUGACCAAAAACCUCCUUUUUGUUCAGUAAUCCGAAUGCUUAACUUCUCUGGGAUAUGUGGGACGGUAGCAUCCCACUUGGCCAAAAGCCAGAAAAAAUGUAGUGCGCCAAAUUCAAAUAGAUUGAUUUUUAUAGUAAUAUAUCAUGAAAUCACACAUGAAAGACACCAAAUUAAAGCUACACAUGUUGUGAAUCCAGCCAACAUGUCUGAUUUCAAAAAGGAUUUACGGCGAAAGCACACCAAACGAUUGUUAGCUCAGUACAUAGCCACAGAAAAUCACAGCCAUUUUCCCAGCAAAAGAUAGUAGUCACAAAAAGCAGAAAUAGAGAGAAAAUGUAUCACUAACCUUUGAUCUUCAUCAGAUGACACUCAUAGGACAUCAUGUUACACAAUACAUUUAUGUUUUGUUCGAUAAUGUGCAUAUUUAUAUCCACAUCUCGGUUUACAUUGGCGCCAUGUUCAGAAAUGCCUCCAAAAUAUCCAGUGAAAUUGCAGAGAGCCACAUCAAAUAACAGAAAUACUCAUCAUAAACUUUGAUCAAAGAUACAUGUUUUACAUAGAAUUAAAGAUACACUUGUUCUUAAUGCAACCGCUGUGUCAGAUUUCAAAAAAACUUUACGGAAAAAGCACACCAUGCAAUAAUCUGAGACGGUGCUCAGAUAUAACAACAUUUCUCCGCCAUGUUGGAGUCAACAGAAAUACGAAAUUACAUCAUAAAUAUUCCUUUUCCUUUGAUCUUUAUCAGAAUGCACUCCCAGGAAUCCUGGUUCCACAAUAAAUUGUUGUUUUGCUCGAUAAUGUCCAUUACUUAAAGUAGCUACUUUUGCUAGCAUGUUUAGUGCACAUGUCCAAACGCUCGCGCAGAUGCAGGCGAACUUGGACGAAAACGUCAAAAAGUUAUUUAACAGGUCGAAUAAACUGGUCAAACUAAGUAGAGAAUCAAUCUUAAGGAUGUUGUUAUCAUAACUAUCCAAUAACGUUCCAAUCGGAGAAUUCCUUUGUGUCUCUAGAAGUUACGGAAAGCAAGACGACAUCGUUUGGAACGCGUGUGACUAGGAACUGGCAUUCUGCCAGACCAAUGACUGAAACACCUCCCAUCCGGCUCAACAUCACAGUAGAGGCUUCAUUCCACGUUCUACAGACUGUUGACAUCUAGUGGAAGGCAUAGGAAGUGCAAACAGAUCCAUAUCUUACAGGGAAUUGAAUAGGCGAUGAUUUGAACAUCGACUAGCCACAGAAUUCUCACUUCCUGUUUGGAUUUUUUCUCAGGUUUUUGCCUGCCAUAUGCGUUCUGUUAUACUCACAGACAUCAUUCAAACAGUUUUAGAAACUUCAGAGUGUUUUAUAUCCAAUAGUAAUAAUAAUAUGCAUAUAUUAGCAUCUGGGACAGAGUAGGAGGCAGUUCACUAUGGGCACGCAAUUAAUCCAAAAGUGAAAAUGCUGCGCCCUAUCACAAAAGUUAAUUCAUUCGGUCCAGACAAAGUUUUUAAAAAGUACAACAAAAGUUAGUAGAAACAUGCCUAACGAUGUUUAAAAUCAAUCCUCCGGUUGUUUUUGUCAUAAAUAAUCAAUAAUAUUUCAACCGGACAAAAGCUUCGUCAAUAGGAAAGGAGAAACAAGGAAGGCGCGUUCCCGAUCAGGCGCAUGGCUGAUGAAUGGAAAUAUCCACUGGCCACUGAUUGAAAGUGCUGUAUCUCCCUCAUUUUUCAGAGUAAAUAUGUGAAACAAUGCCUAAAGACUGGCCACACGUAGAGGAAGCCACAGAGCUCGUGAACUGGGUCCUAAGUCUUUGUAUGGUGGAUAGGCUUUCAAUGGAAAAACAGCCUUUCAAAUUAUAGUACUUCCUGGUUGGACUUUACUCAGGUUUUUGCCUGCCAUAUCAGUUCUGUUAUACUCAGACAUCAUUUUAACAGUUUUGAAAACUUUAGAGUGUUUUCUAUCCAAAUCAUAUGCAUAGCCUAUCUUCUGGGCCCGAGUAGCAGGCAGUUUAAUUUGGGCACAGUUUUCAUCCAAAAUUCCGAAUGCUGCCACCUACCCUAGUGAAGUUAACUGACUUGCCUAGUUAAACAAAGGUAACGUAAAAAAAUAAAAACUUUGGAAGUAUGCUUGGGUUCAUUGUCCAUUUGGAAGACCCAUUUGCGACCAAGCUUUAACUUCUCUAGGGUAUGUGGGAGGGUAGCGUCCCACCUCGUCAACAGCCAGUGAAACUGCAGGGCGCCAAAUUCAAAACAACAGAAAUCCCAUAAUUUAAAUUCCUCAAACAUACAAGUAUUUUACACCAUUUUAAAGAUACACUGGUUGUGAAUCCAGCCAACAUGUCAGAAUUCAAAUAGGCUUUUCGGCAAAAGCAAACAAUGCUAUUAUCUGAUGAUAGCACCAUUGUAAACAAAAAGAGAUAAGUAUAUUUCAACCCUGCAGGCGCGACACAAAACGCAGAAAUAAAAAUAUAAUUCUUGCCUUUGACGAGCUUCUGUUGUUGGCACUCCAAUAUGUCCCAUAAACAUCACAAAUGGUCCUUUUGUUCGAUUAAUUCCGUUGAAAUAUACACAAAAUGUACAUUUAUUUGGUGCGUUUGAUCCAGAAAAACACCGGUUCCAACUUGCUCAAACAUCACUACAAAAUAUCUCAAAGGUUACCUGUAAACUUUGCCCAAAAAAUUCAAACUACUUUUGUAAUACAACUUUAGGUAUUUUUUUUACGUUAAUAAUCAAUAAAAUUGAAGACCGGAUGAUCUGUGUUCAAUACAGGAUUAAAACCAACUGUAGCAUGCUUUCUGGUCUCGCGCCUCUAACAAACAGGACACGUCGAGUGACUCUCGUUCAAGAUGGCCGUACUUCUUCAUUACACAAAGGAAUAACCUCAACCAAUUUCUCAAGACUGUUGACAUCCAGUGGAAGCGGUAGGAACUGCAAGCAUGUCCCUUAGAAAUCUGGUUUCCCAAUGAAAACUCAUUGAAAGAGAGUGACCUCAAAAGACAAAUCUGAAUGGUCUGUCUUUGGGGUUUCGCCUGCUAAAUAAGUUAUGUUAUACUCACAGGCAUGAUUCAAACAGUUUUAGAAACUUGAGUGUUUUCUAUCCAAAUAUACUAAAAAUAUGCAUAUCUUAUCUUCUGGGGAUGAGUAGCUGGCAGUUUAAUUUGGGCAUGCUUUUCAUCCAAAAUUCCGAAUGCUGCCCCCUACCCUAGAGAAGUUAACUUCCUGACUAAUGUUGCUCCAAUAUAUCCAAAUAAUUUUCCUUCCUCAUGAUGCCAUCUAUUUUGUGAAGUGCACCAGUCCCCUCCUGCAACAAAGCACCCCCACAGCAUGCUGCUGCCACCCCCGUGCUUCACGGUUGGGAGGGUGUUCUUCAGCUUGCAAGCCUCCCCCUUUUUCCUCCAAACAUAACGAUGGUCAUUAUGCCAAACAGUUCUAUUUUUGUUUCAUCAGACCAGAGGAUAUUUCUCCAAAAUGUACGAUCUUUGUCCCAAUGUGCAGUUGCAAACCAUAGUCUGGCUUUUUUAUGGCGGUUUUGGAGCAGUGCCUUCUUCCUUGCUGAGCGGCCUUUCAGGUUAUGUCGAUAUAGGACCUGUUUUACUGUGGAUAUAGAUACUUUUGUACCCGUUUCAACCAGCAUCUUCACAAGGUCCUUUGCUGUUGUUUUGGGAUUGAUUUGCACUUUUCGCACCAAAGUACGUUCAUCUCUAGGAGACAGAGCGCGUCUCCUUCCUGAGCGGUAUUACGGCUGCGUGGUCCCAUGGUGUUUAUACUUGCGUACUAUUGUUUGUACAGAUGAACGUGGUGACUUCAGGCGUUUGGAAAUUGCUCCCAAGGAUGAACCAGACUUGUGGAGGUCUGCAAUUCUUUUUCUGAGGUCUUGGCUGAUUUCUUUUGAUUUUCCCAUGAUGUCAAGCAAAGAGGCACUGAGUUUGGAGGUAGGCCUUGAAAUCCACCUCCAAUCAACUCAAAUGAUGUCAGUUAGCCAUCAUGAUGUCUCAAAUGAUGUCAGAAGCUUCUAAAGCCAUGACAUCAUAUUCUGGAACUUUCCAAGCUGUUUAAAGGCACAGUCAACUUAGUGUAUGUAAACUUCUGGAAUUGUGAUACAAGGAAUUAUAAGUGAAAUUAUCUUGUCUGUAAACAAUUGUUGGAAAAAUCACUUGUGCCAUGUGCAAAGUAGAUAGUUUGUUAACAAGAAAAUUGUGGAGUGGUUGAAAAAUGAGUUUUAAUGACUCCAACCUAAGUGUAUGUAAACUUCAGACUUCAACUGUAAAUGUCAUUGUUGUAGAUGUUAUCUUUAUUCAAACUGUUCUGCAGGUCAUUAAACUGUUUUGAAGAAAGGCCUUAGGAUAUGGCAGUUAUUGGGGACUGUGUCCUCAAGAUUUCUAGUAAGCUGUGAUUGUAAAAUAAAGCUGAUAUAGCUUUAAACUGCACUUUGGUGUCUGAAUGUGAAAAGUUGCCAGAUACUGUGUGUGGCUGUAGGUAAAGCUGUCUGCAGCGGUCAGUGUUAGUCUUGAUCCCUGUGGGCCUGGAUAAAGCAGACUUCCUGCUCUCUCACAGCCCUCUUCUUUGAGGCACACCACUUGGAAUGAAAUAAGGUAUAGUGACAACUUCCAAUGACAUGCCAUCAGAACUUUUCAAAUGUCUUCUUUGUUUUUCCCCAAACGGCUUGUCUGGCUGUCUGCGAUCUGGAAUUAAAUGCUGCAGAUUGAAUUCUCAACUGUGACCAUGUGGCUAACUGUGAAUCACCUGCAGGUCUGCCUGUCAAGCCUUUUUGUCUCAUCACUUUCUAUUUUUGUUUGUGUGUCUGUCUAUGGUGUUUCUUUUAUAGUUCUUACCAUUCGGUCAACCUUUUGUUAAGCUACCAUAUGUGGGGAUAUUUUAGUGUGUAUAUAACUAGUUUUUUUUUUUUUUUUUUUUUUUUUUUUUUUUACAAAUCAUGGAUUUUCAGUUAUUAGUCCGACUUACAUGUUACCAUGUUAAAUACCUUUUGGGUCUUUUCUUUGUCUGGUUUGUUAAUUGACAUUGCAAUUCUUUUGUUACUUGGUGAUUUAUUUUUGUGUGUGUUUAUUUUUGUAAUCAUUGUUGGCUUUAAGCUUGAUGUUGUCACCAAAAUGUAUAUCAGGAGCAUCUCAUCUCAAAGAAAUUAAGUGUCUCUCGUGUGACCUCAAGACAAACCACAACACUCUGACAUAUCUUAAGUUUCCCCUGUUUUAAGGAUUGGUCAGACUAGCAAAUCAAUCAUUGAAUGCACUUUAAAUCUCUUGUGACAGAUUGUCUAUUUCCAAAGAAAUGGAUUGUUUGCAAAAUAGGAAAAAAGACAACUAACAAUCAAUGUAUUAUAUAUUUGAGUUCUGGUUUGUUAUUUGUAUGAACUGAAUAAGUGUGAAGAGUGGUCCUUAGUAAGCAAUGCCUCUGGCACUUACUCCUUUAUAUCCCCCAGGGUUAGCCUAUUCCCUCCCACCUGCCACUCCACAGACAUUGGAAUACGCUUUAGACCUCAAACUAAUGUGUAAAACAAAGAUGUUUUGUGUUUUUAAAGCAACAUCCUUUGAGCCAGACAAUAUAAUUCUACAGAGGAACUGCAUAAUAGUUGUUCAAAAUGUUAAGCUAAUCUUGUCUGCUGCUCUCUUGUCCUGUUGUUUCUAUUUUCCAUGUUUGACAGUUAUUUUUAUGUGCUUUGAAUUGACCCUAUUAUUUAAAUGAUGUGAUUGUUUAAGACGUAGACUAGGGAGUGGGACGCUGGGAACACUGGAAGUUCUGCUGGAAUGAUAUCCUGUUUGAAUGAUUGCCAAAAAUAAUCUACAGCCCUUUUCAGUCCACUUAUUUUUUUCAAAGAAAUGUUCAAAUCUGAGAAAUUGCGCAUUCCCUGUAUUUUGUGGUGUGGAGGAGUAGUUAAGAAAAAAGCCAAGUUUUAUAACCGGCCCCUCCCUCUCUGUUUGAACAGCUAAUGGUUAAGGUGGGCACGGCCAUUUACUAUUCAAUACAUGGCCUGGCGUCACUCAGCCCUCACAGCCAUUGGUCCCUUUAUGGCCCGCCAUGUCAUGUUGCAGCUUUGCUGUUGUUGACAGUAGAAUCACGCUGAACCCCAGGCUGCACUAGAUGCCAAGCUAUCGCUAGUGGUUAAACAUUGGAUCCAUCUGUGUUACCAGACAGGAUAAUGUGUUGGAAUGGCUAUAGAGCAGGGAUGGCAGACUCCAUCAGCUCGGUACAAACAGAUAGCAUGGGAACUGACUGGGGAUGGGGAAUUGGGUGGGUUGACAUAUCAAACAAACAAGGACUGUACUGUGCUAUUUCAUCUAAUGUGAUUCACAAAUUCAAGGACCUUGGCAAUGGAGAUGUGCAUUAUGAAUGGAUUGUGUGCUCUUAACUGAAUGUGUAACGGUGCUGGAUAUAUUGAGAGUUGUUGUGGAUGAGUGGUAAUAAUAAGCCAAAGUAUUGAAUGCUGACGAUGUAGCGGGGAAAGCUGGUGAGGAAAUAGGCUGGGUUUGAACUUGCUCAAAAACGGCCCUUGCCAAGAUUUUAGUCCAGAGUUAUCACAGAGACUGAAUAUAUAUAUAUAUAUUAUUUUUUUAUUCUCCCUAAUGUAGAUGUCAUGCUAUUAUUUCUGUAGUAAUCAACAUGGUCCUGUCGGGUCCUUAUGCACACUAUGUAUUACAAUGCAUACGUUUAAAGCUUUUAGGUUGUGUGUGAGAAACUGCUCUGCUGUGUGGACUGCGAGGAAUUCCUGUGACAUGUUAUUGUUGUUUACUCAUUUGUUUUCUGAUGCCAAAACAGGGUGUGUGGUUAAACAGUGAUGAAUAUUGGAAUAUAUUGUCACCUGACCUGUUCAUGAAAAGAUGUUAUGUCUCUGAUGCUGAGGACCAGUCCAGGUUUAACCCUCCAAACUGCCCAGUGUUCCUACUACAGUACUAUCACUGCCACUAGACGUAGUUACAACACUUCCUUUGGUAUGCAGCGAUAUGAGGUUUUACAAAAAGAAGAUUAAUUUGUCAUAUCCUCACUAUGGCAGUGAGUCAUGGACUGGCAGCAUGUCUUACUGCACUCUCGGUCUGGCUGUCUGAUUCAUGAGGCCCAAUGUACUCACCUCAGAUAAAAUGUAAAGCUUACACUAAAUUAUAUAUAUAUUUUUUUGUGUCAUUUAAAAAAUGUAUUCUUGCUCAUCUUUACAUGUAGCUUUCAGUUCUACAAUCCAUUAGCCAGGUAUACUUCAUCUAGCAUCACCGCCCUACCUCAUUGCUACUCUUGUGUCUGUGUGUGAUUGUAUAUAUUUCUAAUACUAUAGGAAAAUACCUUACUGGUAACUCCUUUCCACAUGUAUAUGUAAACUCGUAACCUCAAUACUACACAGUUGAUAUCAUUAUUGGGAAAUCUGUUUUAUAACCUGCUUACUAAAGAUGCUACUGUCAAGGGAUGCCCAGUUGUCUCCAAAUAUAUAUUUCAAAUCAUUGCUAUGCUGUGACUUUGAUGGGUGUUUUAUGUCACUUUCUGAGAUUUUCACUGGUUGAUGGUGCUACCAGCAAACAGAUUAACUGAUCUGUGUCUCUUACCUCAAAUGGUGCUAAUUUUUUCUCUGUUUUUAUUCUCAUUAAGCUGUUUAUUCAGGUUGGUGAUCCCAAAAUCAACGACUGGUCAAAUGUCUUGUUUAAAUCAUACAUUUUGGUUGUAGCAAAAUCAACUCUGGUGUUUUAAGUCAAGAACUUCAUAAUUCCUAGUGCAUCUUAAAAUAUACUUUUAGCAGGUAUCUGCAUACUUAGGAAUUGGACAAUUUGGGCUUGCUUCAGAUCACCAUUUAACCAAAUACUGCUAUUAGCUUGUUACAUAUUGGCUUCAUGGGCAGUUGUGCUAAAACCAUUUUCUAACUGGACUGGGCAGUUCUAUAAGAGAGAGAUUGCAUAUUGGCUUCAUGGGCAGUUGUGCUAAAACCAUUUUCUAACUGGACUGGGCAGUUCUAUAAGAGAGAGAUUGCAUAUUGGCUUCAUGGGCAGUUGUGCUAAAACCAUUUUCUAACUGGACUGGGCAGUUCUAUAAGAGAGAGAUUUGGUCCUCAGUAAAUGUUUUGUUAUCCACGGGUCAAUGCUGUGACAACACUUCUACAGACAGAUUGCAAUUACAGUACAAGGUUAUUUCUAAGCCGUGUCUAAUAUUUAGCUGGAAAUUCAAUAUUGGUUUGGAUGGGAUUGUGAAUUUAUCUCAGAGAAUAUUAAAUGUACCCCUUAUUUUUUUUAAAUCUUGUAAAAAUAUUUUAUAGAUGGGUGUGAACUGUCCUGACAACCUCUUGUUGAUAUGUGACAUAAUUUGAAGAACGUCAAAAAAUUCAUCAAUUUCACCUCUGAAAAUUGGAAUCGCAAUCAAUCCCAAGUUUUGUUUCACUUCUUGUUGAUCUUCUUCAUUCUUGCUACUCUUCCUGACCCCAGGAAGAGUAGCUUCUGCAAAAGCUAAUGGGGAGCCAACAAACAAAUUCAUAAAAAAUAUAUAUACAUAUAUAAAUAACUGCGAACAUGCUCAAUUACUGUGAACCAGAACCAUAGAUCUAUGAACAGUAUAUGUACUCUGUGUAUAUGUACUCAAUCUGUGGCUCUGCUGUAGUCAUGUGGUCUUUUUAAAUCCCUCUUUUCUUGGAGCCAGAGAUUCAGGUUUCAGGAACAGUCUAGUUUUUGAGAUCGUACAUAAUCUUGUGUAAGGUGGUGAGCGGAGCCUAGAUCUGUGAAUUUAUCCUUGGGAGGGGGGUGUGGCCUCAGUGUGUCCUAGGGAGGGAGUGAGACCCUCACACAGUCACUGUCCCCAAAAGGUGUCAUACAGAAAGAAAAUGUUAUAAAUAUACAUGUCCUUGCAAAUCGGUCACACCUCUGCCAUGCGACCGAUUUUGACGCUUAGCAUAAUUUUUGGGUGUUUGAUGCAGUCCAGGUACACCUGUUCAAUGUACAGAUCAACAAAAUAAAUCCUGACUUUUAUUCUACCAGAA